AUGGACCCCAAACAGGUCUUGCGUGUCAUCCAAGGCCUAACACGGAUAUAUCCAUGGCCUGUAACGUUUCUUCUGGCGGUCGGGUCAUUGAGCAUUGCAAAAAUCGUAUACCAGACGCUCUCAGUCAUCCUUCAGACUUUUGUAUUGCCAGGCACUAGUUUGAAACGCUUUGGGGCAAAAAAAGGAGCCUGGGCUGUUGUCACCGGUGCCACGAACGGCAUUGGAAAAGAAUUCGCGUUUCAGUUAGCCAAGUCCGGUUUCAAUGUGUUUUUAGUUGCAAGAAACCCACAGUUACUCGAAAGCACGGCUAAGGAUAUCGCUACGAAGUAUUCUGUAUCGACCAACACAUAUUCGGUUGACUUUUCCCGAUAUGACCAAACCAUUUACGAUAAACUUGGUGCUGCUCUCGAAGGUUUGGACAUUGGCGUACUCGUGAAUAAUGUCGGGAGAUCGCACAAUAUGCCCGUUUAUUUCGCUGAAACGCCCAAGGAAGAAAUGAACGAUAUCGUGGCUAUUAAUAUGAAUGGCACCUUGCGCAUGACAUACGCCAUUUUGCCGGGUAUGAUACAACGGAAACGUGGACUGAUCCUGAACAUUGGUUCUUUCGCGGGAGCAGUUCCAUCUGCGAUGCUAGCUACUUAUUCUGGCACCAAGGCCUUCUUGAGCACGUUCACUGAUGCACUUGCUGAAGAAGUUAAACAGCAUAAGAUCGUCGUGGAACACGUUAACACGUACUUCGUGGUUUCAAAGCUUUCGAAAAUUCGCAAGGCGUCUGUUCUCGUUCCUCAGCCUGCUCCUUACGUUCGCUCCAUCCUUUCCAAGAUUGGACUUUCUUGUGGAGCAGCCUUCAGCGGUAGACCACACACAUCAACACCAUAUUGGUCUCACGCGUUACUAAAUUAUGCGAUGACCCUCCUCGGUGGCCCUAGCCAAUGGAUCAAUUAUACUCACAACUUACAUAAAAGUAUUCGUCGACGUGCAUUACGAAAAUUAGAGAGGGAAGGCAAGUCACUAUAA